CGGUAAUGUGUGAUAGCCUAAUAAUGUCCUCGAAAAUCAUCAGAUCUGUGAUAGCGCCUGUAGCCUAAUAUAAUUCGCCCAGUGGAAUAUCAGUCCCGCCUCCCUUCAGUUUCAGUUUCCAUGAAAGGAGCUGUUACAAUGAAUCUACCUUUCAUCCACGUUCUACUGGUGGGGUGCAUGACAGGUUUUGCCCCCUGUCUUGGCCUUGCACCCAAAAGGACGAACUGCACGGUGCACGGUGGCACAGCAGACUGCAGCCAUCUGGGAUUGAGGGAAAUCCCGUCCGAUCUCCCGAUAAACAUCACCAGACUGGAUGUGUCUCACAACCAGCUGAGGACACUUAACCCGGCUACUCUGGUGCUCUUCCCAGCCCUUCGACACCUGGACGUGAGCUACAACAGUAUCGCUAAACUGGAUACAAGCUUAUGCGCGAGCCUCCCCUCCCUCAAGAACCUCAGCGUACAACACAACGUGGUUCACAUACUGAAGAAUGAAGACCUGCAUUCAUGCUCACAUUUGACUGAUCUUAACCUCGCUGACAACAGGUUGAAACUUAAAGACGAACCUUUCGCUGCCCUCCAGAGUUUGACAUGGUUGGAUGUGUCUUUUAAUGGCUUGUCAUCAGUGAAGUUGGGAAAUCAACCCCAAAUGGCGAACCUAGUGACCCUUGCACUUUCAGGGAACAAAAUUGUGACCUUGGGGAAGGAUGACUUUUCCUUUCUCAAAAACUCUUCUCUGCAAGUCCUCAGGCUGUUGGAAAUGGCACAUCUACAAACGAUUGAACCGGGAUGCUUCAAACCUCUCUCUGGCCUGAGAGCCCUUUUGCUGGACAACAGUAGACUCGCUUCCUUGGUGAUCUCCAAGCUGUGUUUUGAGCUGUCUGUAACAGCACUGAAGGACCUGUCCCUCAGAAACACUCAGCAAACCUCGCUCCGUAACUACACGUUCACCGGGCUCCAUUCCACUAACCUCACCAGGUUGGACCUGGGCAUGAACAACAUGGCUCAUAUUGAGAAUGGGUCAUUUCUAGGGCUCAGUAAUCUGGACUCUCUGUCUUUGGAGCAGAACAACCUGAAGAAUUUGAACACUAGGACAUUCCAAGGGUUGGAGAACCUGCGGUGGUUGAAUUUAUGGAAUGCAGUGAAGGGAAACAUGGGAAAAGGUUCCUUUGAGCCACUGGGAAAGCUGGAGAUCCUGUACAUGGGGAAAUCAUCCAUGACAGAUGUUAAGGAACUACCUUUUUCUGGUCUGCACAGUUUAACAUUUUUGGAUUUGAGCUGGAGCACAUCAAUGAUGAAAACUGUCACUAACAGGACAUUUGCCGCUCUUGCGGGUUCACCUCUGAAGACCUUAAACCUAACCUAUAUGGCACUCCAAAAUCUGAGCCCAGGCGCCUUCUCUUGCCUGGGAAACCUUACCACUCUCAUGCUGGCAAGGAACUUCAUCAGCCAGAGCCUGUCAGGAUUGGAAUUUCAAGGUCUUCAACAGGUGGAGAAAAUAGAUCUUUCUAUCAAUAGGCAACAGAUUAGCCUGACCCCUGAAUCGUUUAUAAAUGUGCCCAGACUGAAGGUUCUUUAUUUGAGCCAGGCCCUCAGUGGAACAUUGGACCUGAAACCAUCACCCUUCCACCCCCUGGUCAACCUUACAUUGCUUGACCUCAGCAACAACAAUAUUGCCAACAUCAAUGAAGGAUUACUGGAGGGACUAAUCCAUCUGAAGAUCUUGAGACUACAGCAUAACAACCUGGCUCGGCUUUGGAAGAGGGCAAACCCUGGUGGUCCUGUGCUUUUCCUAAAGACCUUAUAUAGCCUUACCAACCUCCAGAUGGACUCAAAUGGCCUGGAUGAGGUUCCAGUGGACGCCUUUCGGGGUUUAACCAACCUUAGAGAGCUCAGCCUCAGUGGGAAUAUCCUUGACAAGCUAUACAAGCCUGUAUUUGAUGAUCUGACAUCUUUACGUGUCCUUCAGAUGCAGAAAAACACUGUGACAUCAGUGCCUAAAGAGGUCUUUCAGCCUGCAUUUGCAAACCUAAGCGAACUGCGCAUGGAACGUAACCCCUUUGAUUGCACUUGUGAGAGCAUCCUGUGGUUUGUUGAGUACCUGAACUCCACCAACGCCAGCGUCCUGGGCCUCCCGGGAGACUAUAUCUGUAACACGCCAUCUGCUUACUACAACCGUUCCAUCAUGAAUUUUGAAAUCCUAUCCUGCAAGGAUGAGACACCUUUCCAGGCACUCUUUGUUCUGACCAGCACUGCUGUUCUGUCUCUGCUGUUCUAUGCCUUUCUGGUGCGCUUCCAGGGCUGGCGCAUCCAGUUCUACUGGAGUAUCCUGGUCAGCCGCACCUUGGGCUUUAAGGAUGAGGCUGUGGAGGAAGGGAGAUAUGAAUAUGAUGGCUACAUUAUCCAUGCGGCACAAGACAGUCGUUGGGUGGACCAUCAGCUACUCCCUUUGGAAAAUGAAAAAUUUAAAUUCUUUUUGGAGGAUCGAGAUGCUGAACCGGGUCGCUCACAGCUAGAAGCCAUUGUGGACAACAUGAGAAAGUCCAGGAAAAUAAUAUUUGUUGUUACGGAGAAACUUCUGAAGGAUUCCUGGGUUCGACACUUCAAGGCGCACCACGCGCUGCACCAGCUGAUGGAGGACAGCCGUGACUCGGUGGUGCUGGUGCUGCUGCAGGAGGUGCGCGACCACCAGCUGCGGGCCCUGUUGCUGCGCCGCUCCAUGCUGAAGCCCCGCUGCAUGCUGCGCUGGCCCCACCAGAGGGAGCGCAUCCCCGCCUUCCGCCAGAAGCUCCGCCGGGCGCUGGCCUCCAGCAACCGGGCGUCCAGCCCCAAGUGGCUCCGCUGACCGGACGCCUCACUGUAGAGCACGCGGGACGCUCGGGCGCUCGGGAGUCGGCCUGCGCUGAGCGUGGGGAUAACUAGUUCUCAGUUGGGGGAGGAAGCUGUUUGUGUGGCUGAUUGCCAGAGAUCCAGAGGUAUCCUUAAUGUUGGAUUUACUGUAUGUGCUGGGGGCUUGUGUUGUUGUUCAUUUUACAAUUCAUUUGAGAGGGAUAGCGCUGCAUAUUUGUGUGACUUGUAUGAACAAGUGUGUAUUCUCUUGGCAGAAGGGAAAGCAAGACAUGUUUUUGUUUGUUUUGCCUUUAUUUAUGUAGGGCAGUGAGGAGUGAGUGGAAGCGAAAGACAGGGUGGGGUCGGGAAAUGGCUGCACUGCAGGUCAGAUUCAAACUGGGCUCCCUGUGGGCACCUGGUUCCAAAUGUGGUACAGACACUGCAGCCACUUGCACCACAGAUCCGCCAGCAAUGCAUGAGUAGCUCAUUAAGCUAUAGCUCAAUACGUAGCUCAUUAAAGUAGUUUAGAUGGAGAACUAUGACAUUGAGUUAAGGUACUUUUGUUAUUCUCUUAAACUUGAUUGCAAAUAGAUAAUGCGGUGCAUUGCCAGUAGUAGGGGCUAGAUGGUACAUUUACAUGGUACAUGGGUGGCAUUGCCAGUUUCUAGUUUCAUUUCUUUAAUCCAAAAUCAAACAACGAAACCAGAAUGUCAUUCCCUGCAACGUGUAGGAAAUAACUUGCACACACUUUGAGACAUGGAACCAAAAUUAGCCCAUACUGAAAAUAAAAUGGAUGCGCCAUUUUACCAGUAGACAUUUUGACAUGAAAGUAUGGCAGGUGCAGGUGUUACUAAUGACUUUAUGGUUCCAGCCAUUCUACAUGGAAAUUGAAAUGACUACUCUAAGCUGUCAAGUUUAACUAAGAUGGUGGAGAUUUGUGAAGCCACAGUAACCAGUCAUUACUUGAAUGUGUCUUGUUUCUUGUUACAUAUUUUUAUAUCCUUUCAAGAUAUGAGCUACUGUAUGUGCAAACUUAGUGAUAAUGCACAUAACAAAGACAAUUGUUUGUGUUUCUUUUUAUGCUAUAGCUUUCAAGCAAUUUGUGCACUUGGGUCCCCAUGUUCUUGCACUUACUUUGUAUUUUCGUUGCCUUUUCGUGGAAGCAAACUUCCUAUUUUUCAGCUCUGAAACAAGUGGUUGGCAGUAAUUGCCUCAGAUGUACAGAUGUGAUUGGAAAUGUUACAUUUUACUUCAAAGGAAAUUUACAUUUUGACUACUGCUUUGGGUUUCUGUGGUGCACAGUGCCAUCGUGUGGAUACAUUUAAUAACAGUUUUUAGUUGAAACUAAACACAUGUUAUAUGAUAUAGCAAAUAUAUAAAAUGUUGCAGAGAUAUUUCAACAUAUAUUGUCUUCAUUCUUUCCUAAACAAAGACACAAAAGAUCUGCCAGUUACUGGCAUAUCUCUGCCUGUGAACAAGAUAAUGAUAUGAAGACAUUGCUAUGAAAGAAAGCUGUUUUCAAGUGCAGUAAACAUUAACAUAUGGAACAAAAAUCCUCCAAUAAUAUGUGAGGAGUGGCAUUCUUCAUUGGUCUGCUUACUUUUCUGAUGACUCACAUCAUUUGAAUCCAUCCCCUAAUUUGAAUGCAAGGUGCAUCGCGGAGCAGAGCAAGGAGGCGUGUGAACUGGUUUAGAGCU